CUCCUCCCCAACCGGAGCGUAUUGUAAAGAUGGCGUCCAUCAUGGAGGGGCCGCUUAGCAAGUGGACCAACGUUAUGAAAGGUUGGCAGUACCGCUGGUUCGUGUUGGACUACAAUGCCGGUUUACUGUCAUACUACACGGUAAGUUGAUCCCCAUGGUGUAUAAAGGCUUAACUAACAUGUUAGGUGUAGUGGAGUGUAAAAGUGGUCGCUGGCUGUCAAAUCAAAGUAGGAUAAAGGCCUUGUGUUAGUCAGGAGUUGGGAGUCUCAGCUGGCACUGAAGGCAGGUCCACAUGAUGACGGACUCUUACAUUGACCUAUAGGAAUGCUCGUUGAAGACCAACAGACCAAUGAGAUGACAGUAUUUUUCUACGCUUCCGCUGUUGUAGUUAGCCAGCUUGCUAGCUGAAAUCCGAGGGGAAAAAACUAGACCUACUAAAACGUUGUUGAGAAUAGUUUGCGAGAUAAGUUGGGAAGGGGUAGGUUAAUGAAUGUUGCUUAAACGACUCGUGUCCCCUAAACUCCUUUUAUAAGUCUGACAUGGAUGGCUUGCCAGCAGCAAGAGCUAACAAAAUCGUCAAAGGAGAGUGUCCCAGUUCAUCCCUCUUGAACUCACCGGUGUUUCGGCUGUAUAUGUAUCCAUGUUGGCUGACGACUUUAAGUCAAAUGUCUCGACAGUUAUCCUGGUUACAACAGGUGUUAAAACACGAAAAGAGUCCCCAUGUCAAAUAUCGUUAUAUAAGUAUUUAGGGAACAACAAGAUGCGUUCACGAGUGAUGUUGAAAUAGCUGAUGUAGUCGAUACGAGGACCACAUUUGGCUAAAAGUCGCCAAUUAACAGGGUUAACAAAUAGACCGAAACACCGGCAACCAGGUCACUGCUCUGUGGUUCACCGUGUUUGCCAAUGUAAACAAGAUAAGAUGCAGUCACUGUUAAUGCUUAUUCUUAACACUAAUAUCAGCUUUAAUUUAUCUUUUAUGACUCUACAGAAGUCUGAAGCUGUUCUUCCCUCAGAUACCUUUAUAGGGAUGGCUCCCUGUGUGAGAAUAAAGAAAGUUUUAUUUUUGGACAGAUCCCUGCUGCUACAGACAAGUCUUGUCAGUUCAGUCCCAGUUCAAACUCUGACUGGCCUGAAAGCUAAAUUCAUUGUGCUCAGUGUUUAAACCAUGAGAUAAGAAAAUAGAAACUAAUGUCUAGUCUUUUGGUGACAGCAUUGUUGCAAGAAUUAUUGGACUAAUCGAUGACAGCAAAGCACUUAAAGCCCUCAGUUGGUAUCUGACAAGAUUUACCUUAAUUUUAUUUACAUAACUUGAUAGAAGAAGUACUUUUUGAAGGUCAGCCAUACAUCAUAGUAGUUUAUCAUGAGUUACUCAUUAUAAGUAGAUUAAAUGGGGUUGAAGAACUCAAGUUAGAGUGUCUGCCUUUAUAUAGACUUCAGUCUAAGUGUUUCUGUCUUCUAUUUUCAAAGCACCGCUACAUCUAAAUACAGAACUAAAGUUUGAUUAGAUCACUCACAAGUUGAAACUUGUCUGUGUGGUUUCUGCUCAGUCACUUUUUGUGCAACACUGUCAAAAGUCUCAGAGGUGAUGUUACAUUUUUCUGUCUAUAAGAAAAACAAACUUGAUGAUAGCUACAGUCUUGGACGUCUCACAUGCAUGUUGAACACUGAACUCAUCAUUUUGAAAGUGCAUCUCUCACUGAUAUCAUUAAUGAUGGCUUUGAAAGCAAAGUGACUGAGUCAGACCACUCAAUGUUAUUGAGGCAUUUUUUGUUUUUGUUGUAUUUUUAACAAAACUUAACUACCAAUGAAUCUAUUCAACCAUCCAGCACAAACAUAAAUUUAAGAAAAUGUUACUAGACCUAGCUUGACAUAUGCAAAUAGUGAUGCCUAAUCUCUGCUAUUAUUUGCUUAUUCACAGUCAAAAGACAAGAUGAUGCGAGGAUCCAGAAGAGGCUGUGUGCGACUCAGGGUAAAGUUUCCAUAUAUGAUUAAUAAAUGUGUUAUGUGCAUGAUUGACUGAGCUGGCCUGAGUUGACAGGUUUGUUUGUUUGUUUGUUUGUUUGAUUUAAAUAGUUUCCAUACAUUAACAUUUUCUAUGUCCAGAGUAGAGUUGAGUCUUAUCUCAUGUUGGUAUGUGUUGUCAGUGCAAUCUCUCUGUACAGUAUAGGGCUGGCCCACCGUACACUGCAUUGUGCAGUUACUAUAAAUAGGUGAGAUAAAAGACCCCAGUGUGAAAGGUGAAUACAGUUUUCUGCACUUGUGUACACAACUUACCCAUCCUGCGUUUUGAAGCUGUGUAAGCACAGGCUCCUUCUGUGUCUGCAGUUAAAAUAAUGUCCACUGGGUGGUAGCAGUUUCACUCUUGUGAAACUGUUGUUGUUGUUGUACUACUUCUAAAGAGGACACAAAUAGAGGAUCUUUAAUGUUUAAAGGUCUGAAACAGUUUGACUGUGAGAUUGAGCUCUUUUUCUUGAAAAUCUAAAAUGUCAUUUUGCUUGAAGGAAAAUUAAAGAGGAGCGCACACAGAGAAUCAUAUAUUGGCUUAAAUUGUCAAACUACUAAACAUUUGUUUUUCUGUGUGUGUUGACACAUCUUUGCGGUUAGUCAGCUAACUGAAGUAAUGUUAUGAUCACUCUCUUUACAGCUUAUCUGACCUUUUCUGAGCUUCUUGGCUUUUUGCAUAAGGUGAUAAGGGGUUGGACUUUUCUUUGUCACCAAACUUCAUUAAUCUCCAACCUGCCCAGUGAGUGCUGUUAGUGUUUCAAAAUCAUGAUGAUUAAUUUUCCUUUUUUAAACACCACUCCUUUGUGAUACCAUAAAGCUGUGCAGAGUACCAUGUGAAUGUGUCAUGGAAACUCAACAAAGGGAGGAACUAUCUCCUGUAACUACUGUAAAAAAAGAGGAUUCAGUGCUCUGUGUGGACAGGUAGUCAUGUGCUUGAGGUUUCACUUCAUGGUGGAUCAGUAAGACACCUGCAUGCUGACAUGAGAAUGUGAUCCAUGGAGCUGUAAAAUGAAUCUUUGUCAAUAAAAUUAGGUUGGUUUAAGAGUUAUAUUCAAGUCCCUCUGAGAGUCUGUAAUUAAAUAUUGAUUUAACGUUUCUGUUAUUAGUAGUAGCUUACACACUGGACAGCCAAAUGUGCUCUGUUUGUGGUGUUCCUCACAGCUCCUGUAGUUGGUGUCUUUUAUUAUUGUCAGGUUUUGCUCUAUGAGUCACACGCCCUGUUUCUGUUGCUAGGAGCUAAUGUCCCAGCUAGCCAGCAGGCCGUUUCUCUGCGGAUCUUUUUCUCCUGCUGGCUGCUUGCUGGCUGUGGGUCCCUGGUGUCUUUCUUUCUCCACCCUCCACUGCCUCUCUCCUCCUUCUCUUUCCCAAAUCCCACCUCUUCUUCCUCCUCCUCCUCCUCUCUUUUUCACUCCCAUGUUUCCAAAAGGCUGGUAUCAGAUAUCUGUGUGUUUGAGAGAAACACAGAUUAAUUGUGUAAAAGACGCGAUAAGGUAAGAGGAGAUUGAACGUUGUAGAGAGAGGUCACAAAAAAGAGGAUGCAGAGAGGAACAUGUGGAGAGCAUGAGAAUAGAAAUGGAAAGUGGAGCAUGACGUGUCCCCCCUCCUCUCUUUCUCGCUCUCUCGCCCUCUCUCUCUCUCACUCUCUCUCUCUCUAUUUGCCCAGGGAGCUGUGAUCGGCAUUGAUGACGAGGACGACAGCACUUUCACCAUCACUGUGGACCAGAAGACUUUUCAUUUCCAAGGUAAGACCAGCCCUUUACCUUUUAGUCCUCCUCACUCCCCACGUUGCAGCCGCCGGCUCUCUUUCUCUGCAGUCCAUCCCUGCUCUUCAUUUCUCCCUCACUCUCUCCCUCACUCACUCUCUUCAUCUCUCACUCCUCUUCCCCUCCCUGCCUCUUAAAGACUUGGAUUGGUCUGCUCUAAUGCCAGGAAACACAUGCACGCAGGCAUCCACACAAUGUCAAAGCGUGUGGUUUGCGACUUCGCUUUUUUUUAACCCUCCCUUCCUGCAGAGCUCUGUGAAGUUGGACUGACACAUUUUUCUGUAGAUAAAUGCCAUUUGUUCCACUUCAAGCUUCACAGAUUCUUCUGGAACAGCAAGAGCAAGUAAAGCGUUUUUUUUUUUCCCACUCAGUCCUCCUGACUGUGGCUGAGGAGGAAGAUAACUGCUUGUGUGUCUCUGCAGUCGAGCCUCUGGGAAUAAUGAGGGAAUACUGCUGAGCUGGAAGCCAAGCUCAGGUCUUUGCCGCUCUUCGACCUUUGCUACAUCACCACUGCCGCUUGCUUUCUCCAAACCGACUCACUUCAUAGGGACAGGAUUGGCUACCAGCUACAGCAUCGCCCCCCCACCCUCCCUGUCCUGCUUCCCCCUUCCCUCUUUUUUGACAGGGAGCUGCCCAGUCCACUACACUGCAGACACUUUUUUCGCGCUUACACACCACCAGGUUUUUAACUAACCUCCUCCACCUUUCCAUCAUCUCUGUCCUUCCAUUUGUCUUUUUGUACCCCACCCCUUUUAACCCUGACAACCCCCUCCUCACACUUCCCUACACCACCCACCGUUCACCUCCUUUCUUGAGGGUCACCAGCCACAGUCCAUGGGCUCCACGCCCCUCUCACCUCCUCCAUGCCCUCUCCCAUGUCUGUGUUCCGAAGCUGUAUGCUGUGGUUCUACAAACGCAAGGGUAAGGAGAAAACUGUGCACGUCUCGUGGUCUGCAUGCAUGCCAGUCCCGGGCAGAGAGGAUCGAGAGGAGGCAUUUGUUUGUUUGUCUUCUGGGAUGUGCAGUUUUAGGGUGGAGCAGUCUGCUCUAUAGCAUUCGGGUGUAUACUGGUUUGUUAUCAAGGUUCAAGGACAGUACAACAUAAAGUCAUGUGGUCUGUCAGCUGUCAGCGGAGGAAGUGUUAAGAGAAACAUGUGUGCAGAGUCCUUAAUCAGACAAAUGUUUGAAGAGAGUCAGUGCGUUGUUCAGGAAAGGAUGUUUGUCCUGUUCUUUACAAGUGACGCUGGUUUGGCUAAACGUUCAUUCAAUCUUUGUUAUUUUUCCCUUGUGAUUGUUCAUAUUAUUUGACCAUUUUUACAAAGAGGUUUUCUUGGAAAAUCUAAAUUGCAUAUAAUAUCUUGGGCCUGGUGUGUUCUGGGACUUUGUGUACCAAAGUUAGCCACCAGCAGGAGUUGCUGUGCGUCACAGAGCCUAAGGUGCAUUCAGAGGAUUGAUUUGUUUACUCAUUGUCAAUCAGUUGUUCGUAGAAAUUGUGCUGAAUUUGCUAAGAGUACUUUAUAUCGCAUCACAAGGUAUGGAAAUUGUAUUCUCAUCGACUGAGCCAAAAUUUAAAGCAAAGAAAAAACUUGUUCAUGUCCUUUCUCACUUGAGAAGUUUAAACUUGUACAAGAAAGCAAAAAGGAUGAAGAUGUGUAAAACUGUGGUCCUGCUUUACUAAAGGUUUCAGCUUAACUUAUAUCAGCUUUAUUAACAGUGUUUAUAAGUAGCAUUGUCUUUUACAAGGUAUACUUGAUUGUCUUUUUUUUUCGAAGAGGAAACAAUGAAAUGGCACCUUAGGAUGCAUCUACUCUCCAGAUACGCCGUCAGAGCUCUUUGUAGUCUCAUGUUUCACUACAGCUGGAGGAAUGUUUAGAAAAUAAGCUUUGAACUAGUGCUGAACUCUUGAUUCAGGACGUAUCAGCUGUUGGUGUGGAUAUUAAGAGUGUGCACCGGAUGUCAAGCUGCAGGAGAUCUUUCUGCUGCUGUAAACUGAACCCAGGUCCGGCAUGUAUAGCAGUCAGUCCCCCCGGGAUUCUCAUAUACCUUCUCUAUAUGCUCGUGUGCUGUUGUUUUGUAUGGGCUGAUGUGUGUCUCAGGUUCUGGCUGUGUGAUAGAGGGAGUCAUGAUUAAAGCAGACAGACUGAUGCCACGUUUCCUGCAGAUCCACAGCUCCUCGUCGAAGUUUGGAAAAAGUGUUGUUUUCUCAGAGUUGUGACAGCUCAGUUCACAGGUUGAAUUUAGUUCAGACUGGGCCACUGUGUUAGCCUGGGGUACAUCUCUGUACUGUCUUUCUAUUUAGAGGAGCAUUCAUUAUUCAUCAGCCCCUCUCCCCCGGCGGAGCAUCAGAGUUGCCUGAGAGCCCCUUUGCUUCCCAUUUUCCUCUCCCCACCACACUUGCCUCCUCUUUUAUACAGUAGCUACCAACCUCCUUCCUUCCUCUCUGUCAGACCACCCCGCCUGCUCUUAGCAUCAGUCCAGGAGGGUAGACCCUGCCCAUGCUCCCUUUGCUGUCUCCAGUGUCUUCUCUCACUUUAAUCUCACCUGCACUGUUUUUUGUCAUCUGUUUUCAAAUGUUCUAUGUUCAUCAUUUUUUCAGGACUACCAUAUUUAAUGAAAAAAAAAAAAACACUACUGAGGUUACAAAACACUCUGACCCCUGUAUUAUUUAUCCUGUACUUCAGCUUUCCCACCACACAAGUUUAGAUGUUGUUUUGUUGACACUCUGCAGUCUUGGGCAUCAGUGCCUCCAUCCUCCUGCAGGAAUGUACUGAAACAUUUCAUCAGCUUCUCUGCAGACGACAGGCUCGGGGAGAAAGAAGAGGGGAGGGAUGAAUUAUUCACAAAAGCCUUUUGGAGAAAGGAGCAGCAGCGUUAUAUUAUAGGAGAACCAUUAUGUAUUAUAAAGGGAAAUGUUCAAAGUUUUGUACAUACUGUACAUAAAUACUGUGGUGGGGCAGUAUAAGCCUAAGGUUUGAUGUACCCACUAGUUCGUGUUUUUUCCCGUUUGUCUGGCACAAUGAUAGUUUGAUAGAUUUGAUGUGUGUCAUUUAAAAAGUAUCGAAGAUAAGGAGCAUAUAAUCAGUCAGCGAUGGAGCAGAAGACCACAUAAUGGCUGCCCGACGGACUGUAGAAAAAGAAAAGUAGAAUUUGGAUGUGUCUUAAAUAGAUAAAGGCUUUUGGAUCUCCUUGUUGAGUCUUUUUACAAGUGGCUUCAUAAACUGUCGUUUCAUUUCCUAAUUACCUGGCUGGAACAUGAUGUGACUGUGAAGUGACUCUCAUUAAAAACUGAGGGCAGAGUUUCUUCCUUUUCCAAAUAGAAAGGAUUCCAGGUUGAUGUCAAUGCUUCUUUUAACUCUAUGCACAAUUAAUAUAGAUUAGUUGAACAGCAAUCAAUAUACCAGUGGUUCAGCGUUUCAUACACAUACUUGUUCCAUUAUCUCCGGUAUUGUAACCUUACAUCUGUUUGUAUUAUUGCUGUUGUAGUUGCUUUUCUCUAUCCAUCUCUCUCUUUCUGCAUCACAGUCAAUCAUUGUCCAGCAUAAGUCUGGUUCUGCCCAAGGUUUCUGCCUGUUGAAGUGUCUUUAUUGCCACUGUAACUUACUUAAUGCUGCAAAGUGUUAUACAAAUAUACAUAGAUGAAGGUGGGAUAAGAGGAGGGGGUGUGACUCUUGUCCCAUCUUUGUGUUGGUUCUUUAUCAUUAUGGUAUGUUUGCACUAUAAGGCGCAUCAAUGAACGCGUCUAUUUUCAUACAUAAGGCGCACCGGAUUAUGAAGCGCAUUAAGCCAAACAAAACAGUCAGAUAAGUCAAACUUUAUUUAACUCACUCAAUAACUCCACGAGGCUACGGUAGCUGCAGUGCUCCAACAAGCCAAAAGGAUUUUAAGUGCGCCUUAUAGUGCGAAAAAUACGGUACUUCAAUUAAGGGGUUCAGUUCACACCCGUAUGUGUGUGAUAUGACUUCACUUAGCAGCUCAGACUGUGUCACACUCUCAAAGGUUGGAAACUACAGUACGUCCUAUAACUCCAGAGUGUGUGGUUUCUUGUCAAGAUUGUGCAGUUAUAAGAGAAAAAAGCUAACUUAAUGACUUGUAGACUUUUGCCCCCUUUGUGUCCUUGUUAAAUAAGAGAACUACAGCAACGUAAUGAGCCCUUUGCACCCAUUUGCGGCACUAACCUUGUUAUCGGAGAAAUUAUCUACUUUCUUUCAUAUUAAUUGAGCAGAACAUCAGAAAUGCUCGCUCUAGAUAUUUUUAACCCUCUUAGGUUCUGCUGUUUUAUACAGGAAUCUUAUGAUAAAGUCUGAGCAUCACUAGUAGCACUCAUAGAUACAUGCUGUUACUUCGCUGUAGUCAGAGAGUAGUAGAUUCUUCUGUUUAUUAUAGUAUAUGCAUUCAGUGUGUUCCCCUUUUAAGAUAUUCAACUGCCGAACACUUCACUGCGUAUUCAAGAAUGUAGCCGUCAUGGUCUCAUGUGACUGACACACAGGCUGAUGGGAAACAUUAUAGAUCUGUGGAGUCUGCUUUUACCUGCCUGAGUAUUUAAAUCACGGUUUACAUGUGAGCCACAGAUUAGGACUAAGAUUGAACUUUGUGGCACACAGUUCAGACAGUAGCAGUUUUUUGUUGAAAGGCCCCGUCAUGAAUAGAGCUAAACAACAUUAGCUGCAGUGAUCUGUUCCUCUGGAGAGUCUGUUUGGCUGAGGGGAAAGUGAGAGGGCAGCGAGGCGCUGUCUGAGUGGAUUGGCCUGAGCCUCGGCUGCCUUUUAAUGUCUUUAAAAGCUUUUCUGCUGUAGCACCACUCAGCCUCUGUGCAAGUACAGCCAUUCAUCUGCUCGACUGUCUCGUUACCAGCUCUAUGAAAAAUGACUCCCUCACAGGAUACAGUUUGCCAGCUAAUUUGAUGGCAUAUAUCUUAUUAAGUUCUCCCUUCACAGCUACAGCUCAAGUGUUCUCCCACUGAGGUCCACAUGCGCAGUUAAGCAGAAGUAAAGCCACUCUUCAUGCAUAAAGUCAAAGUCUUCUGCCGCUGAAGUGUCGUCUAUGGAAAAAUAUGAAGGAUCUGUAUAAAUGCCACACCCUGACCAAGUGCGUCCUGCCUUGGUUGUGUGUUGGAUGAGAACAAAAUACAGUACCUCUCUGUUGGCCUUUCAAGUCAAGCUGUGUGUGUGAAUGUGUAUGUGUGUUCCAGCCUGUUGGGUCACUGUUUAAUGUCACUGGCAGUCUGUUUGUUCUCUGUCUUUGCUCUGAGGGUGCAACAUUGCCAAGCUCCAUUUCACACAAAAGUGAAAAAACUCAUCGAGAACCCCUAAAAUCUGUAUCUUCACUCUGAGGAGUCUGACGUGACCAUAGAAAAUAUUAGAGUAUUUUUUGAAGCACAACCAUCAGCUAUCAAAGUUUAACGUGAUUUCAACCAUUUGAAAUACAGCCGUUUUAUACAAUACUCUAACAGAAGACAGCUUACCCUGUCCAGACCUGUUUAGUCCUGCUCAAUAUCAGCUUCACUUUAAAGCUCCUGUAAGCCGGUCAUGAUACAGACUGAUAUUGAUAAUGAUACUGAUGCCUUUUAACUGUAUAACCCCUCAAAACAAACUAGAUCAUCAACAUAAGACUGUUUAUGGUGCUUGUCAUAGUGACUAACUUGCAGACCACCGGAAUAGCCCUGUUUAUGUUCCAGAGGGCAUGGAUUUUCAAUAUGUUUGACUGUAAAAGUUACAUCAUUUUAUGAGCUCAGUUUGGCAUCAAUGUUAAUGUUGUGUUAUAGCUACGGUAACUGUGCGGCUUUGUCAGUUGUCGGCAUUUAACCUGCUAAUGAAUCGGCAAAGAUUCCUAAUGUUGGUACGGUCAACUGCAAAACAGAUUGUUUUGAUGAUCUGAAGCAGACACGUACAGCUGUUAAAAGUUCAGUGACCGUUGUGUCAGUGUUUUGUUACAUGUUCUCCAGCCGUUCCUCUUCUACUAUUCUAACUGGUGAAAACUAGGGCUGGGGCGUUUCGUCGAUGUAGUCUUGCAUUGUCUCGGAGUGAUGCGUUCAGGGCAGCCUCAGAUAAAAGAGUGCUGUAUUGCACACACAGAUGUUCAAAGAGCCUCAUACAGCAAAGCAUGUAUAAUAUAUUAGGACUUUAACACUAAUAUAAGUGGACUAAAUAAGUUCAAGGCAUAUUAUAGCUAGUAUAUUUUUUAUAACCAUUUGUUAUUGUUAAAACAAAACAAAAAAGUGUGCAGCAUCACUAAUACUUAUUUGGAUGAGCAAUUUAAUUAGAAAUACUCUCAUAAUUAACUCAGAUCCACCAUACAAGGUAACCCCUAACCCGUCCAGCAGGCGCAGCAAAAAUCUCCCGGAUUUUAUAACCUAAAUGUUUUGUUUUGUUUGAUUUCAAGAGAUUCUUGAAUAAAUCAUUGAAUUAAAUACUAAUAGGACAAGUUUUUAAUUGCUAUUUUGGUUAUAGUCAUUGUUAUAUUUAUCGGUUAAUAAAAGAUAAUUGUUAGAAUAAUCAAUAAAUUAGUCGAUAGAUUAGUCAACUAAUCGAAAAAGUAAUCAUUAGAUUAAUCGAUAAGAAAAUAAUCUUUAGGUACAGCCCCAGUGAAAACCGCUGCAGUCGUCUAAAAAAAUAUAAAACUAAUAAAAACUAAACUCUCAUAAAGAUGAACAUUAAAGCUUAAGUCAGCGUGAUAAAAACUAAGUUCAGUGACAGAAACCAUGUUAAGUAAACAUUUAUUUGACCUUUGUUUCACUUUGAUAAUUUGACCCAUGUUCCAUCUGUUAACAUGGGGAGGCGGGGUUUAUGACCUAUUCUGCAGCCAGCCAGUACAAGGAGCUUUAAAUCUCUUGGAUUUGCAUUCACUGAGGAUUCACAAUCUGUGGGUAACACAAACAAGGUAUAAUACAUCAUGUUCGGUGCUUUGGAGGUGUGGCUGAAAUCAUUAUCACCUUGAGUUUUUCUUUUUUUUCUCUUUUCAACCUUUAAAUGAGGCAAGCUUCAAAUGUGAAUGCUCAGCUCAGUAGCUACUAGCUGUAAUAAAAAGGAAUAGAAAAUAAAAUAUUAUCCUUGGUAUUGUCUCAUCAACUUUAAUAAAAACAUUGUGUUUCCCAAAAUACCUGAAAAGCCUUUUUUUUUUCCAGCACUGAAGCGUAUUCGUAUGAGAAACCUCUUACUGUCUUUCUGCAUUUGAGUUUCAGUCCAGAAGCUGCCAUGAGCCCAUAUGAGUCUGUUUUUGUUUUUCUAAUGUGAUUUUGUUAUCUCUUCUUGGUUCUGGCAUCUGUGUUGUUUCCUUCAGCUGUAAAGCAGAUGAUUGUCUUUUCGAAUCCAUAACAUGGGCUCUUCAAAUAAAGCUUGGCUGCUUUAUUUUUAAAGUUACAUUUAUGAUGGUUGUGGAUAUUUCCAGUCAGGCACAUUUUAGAUAAAGGGAGCUUUGAAUCUGCUGUAGAACACACAGCGUCCAUCCUUGUGUCCCCAGUACUCAUGUCAUUUCAGUGUUGGUGCCAUUAGUGAAUAACAGCUACUGAGGGUGUCUGCAUGGAAACAUGGAAACUCACUGGGUGUGUCUGUGUGCUUCUGCCCUCAGCCCGAGAUGCAGACGAGCGGGAGAAGUGGAUCCAUGCCUUAGAGGGAACUAUCCUCCGUCACACCCUCCAACUCAGAGUAUGUAACCAGGCACUUUUCUCUCUAUUUGUGCAUGCAUGUUUUUGUGUUUCCACAUCUGUGUAUCUAAUCUGCUCUCUUAAGUCACAAGCAUAAGUCGUUUUGCUGUAGGGCUUGUCAGUGUUUAUCAGGAUCUAUGUGGGUUUUCUAUUUACUCUCUGUUGUCCUAAACAAACAUGCUGGUUUUUGUUUCGUCUUUUUUUGUCAUGCCUGAGCUGUUAGCCGGUGUGGUUAGAGGCCAAAGGUCAACUAGUUUGCAAAUGUGAGAACUGUAAAGAGAUCAUGACUCUCACCCCUGAUAUCAAAGCUUUUUUUUAUGGCAGCUCGGAUUAUAUGCAUUUGGGUAUUUCAAAAACCAUUUGCCAUGUGUCUCCACAUCGCAGUGAAAUGAAUCUGACCUAGUCUUUGCAUCUCAGUUGUUGUUUAAACUAUUAGUAGCACAGUCCGUCCCUCUCGGAACAAUUUGUUUUGCUCUGUAGAGCAGUUAGUCAGAGAACAGUCUUGUCAGCAGAAAUAGAGAUUAUGGUGACAUUCAUGCCAUCAUAAAUUAAGGGUGUUAUGGCAACAUGUGGCAUAUUUAAACUGGUGUCAGGACCAGGCUGAGUUUAAUAGAACUACCACUAUCUCUUUGACUCAUGGCUGUCCAGCUGUCAGUGUGUGUUUUCACUUUUUUUAUGAAUUGUUUUAUGUGUAUUUUGACCCUCAGCCAGCUUUUUUUUCCUGUUUCUUCUGCCCUCCAGUUUUUUUCCUCUGAUCAACCUUAUUUCCUACUCUCCUCCCCUAAAGCAAACCUUCCUCCUUCCCCCCUCCCAUCACCCACCUCCAGACUUUUCCACCCAUCUCCUCCUCCUCCUCCCCUUUCAACCUCAUGACCAACCUCUCAUUCCCUCCGUCCUCCCUUUUUCUCCUGCCUCUCCCCCCCUCCCCCCUGUGGCAAAUCCUUAUGACGUGCUACGUGUGCCUGCACACACAGACACAUACACGCACUCUUGCGGUGUUUGCGCGCUGCUGUCGUAGCACCAUGUGACCCGAUGUAACAAAUCCAAGACCUGCUUGCUCGAUCAACCAAACAUCUGCCUCUGCUGCCUCAGCCAAUCAGUGAGGCUGUUAAUGCGUGUUCCUGUCAGCACUUGCUGCUGCUUUGUGUGUUUUCUCUUCUGCCUGCGUGAGAGGAAGUGUGCCUUUCCUGCCAGGGGAGGGUCCUGGAUUAACUCAGCUCUGUCUGCCCUCAUACCCAACCAAAUGCUCAGCUGCUGUAGAAGGAUAUACUGUAGCCACACUAGCUUCACUGCUAACUAACUGUCUGGAGACUGCUGUGCUUUAUGCUGGCACACUGCAGAGGAGACUAAGAGGAGGAGAUUGUUUUCAGUUUCUGUGUGAAGAAGGAGGAGGAGGAGGAAGGGAGGAGGGAGGAAGAACGCUAACUUCAUCAGAGCUGCUAGUUCUGUUGCUUUAGGAAGAGAGACAGAGAAGGAGAAAACAGUCAUAUGUCAGGCUAUAUAGCCUGAUAGUAGUGGUAAAAAAAAAAAAGGUUUAACGCAGCAUGUCCAUUGGAGCGAGGCACCUAGUAAGUAAACACACACACUCACUCACACACACACACACGCCACUGCACCACAGCGAGGAGAACUUUAACGGCUGCAGUGCGCUGCUGGGGCAGCAGCGUUUUAAAGUGGGUCACCCUGCGUGGAAAGACAAAUAGAAAGGGGUGGGGGGGUUGAUGAGAGGGCAGUGUGGAUUCUGGGGUGGGUUUGUGUGUGUUUUUUUUAUGGGCAAGACUUUGCAGGCUGCCCUGAAAUAUUCCCACUAUGUCACGGCUUGACACACAUGGUCUGUGUGUGCUGGGAAUGAGUGGGAGUGGAGGAGCAGACGUCUGGAAAUAUUUCAGGAACAGAUAUGAGGAGAGGAAAACUAUGACGUGGUGGUACACUGGAUGUUUAAAGACCAACACCCUCCUUCAAACUUUGCAUUUUGUGUGUUGACAAAACAUAAGUUACUGUUCAGGAGGUAAUAAUAGGGGCUCUGACUUAUCUUUCUCUGCUGUUUAUGUCAGCUUCACUUUCCUGCUCUAAAUCAGUUUAUCUAGUUCCCUUUCAUGUAAACCAUUGUACGGAUGUGACCUGUUAAAAUGUACAGAAUAUGCAGAGUAAUCCUUAUUUGUUGUAAAUGUAAACACUAAAGCUUUAUACAACAUUUUAUUCUCUUACAGUGUUAUUACACAGAUUGAUUUAGGUGUUGGAGGUCAUGUGAGGGUGUUGUGUCAUUUUGUGAAGACUUUGGUGUAAGAUUAGUGGGGCAGACGAGUUAAUCAUUACUUUUUUCAGAGUUUGAGCGGCAUAACUUCACAAAGAAAUCAAAGAUUAAAAAAAGAUGGUCCACACUCUGUAUUAUAACACAAGCACUCUUAAAGGUUUUUGGAAAUCCUCUUAAUUAUGUUUGGUGUUCUUGUGAAUUGAAAAAGGAAACAGCAGAUUUUUUCCUACCAGUCUGGAUUGAUAUAAUUUUCCAGGCUAUGUGAGUAAUCAGCAGACAGAGCAAUUGCUCACACUUGGAAAUGGAAACAUACAUCCAGAUAUGUGCACACAAACAUGAACUUCUACACUGGUAUGUGUUUUGAUUGAGAUUUUAGCACAGGCUUUUACCUGGUCAGCUAUAUCCUCCAGUCAGUCAUGCCACCAGUGAAAUCACCUUUGAUCCCUUUGAGGAAGUUUGUCCAGUUAAAUGCAGACUGCUGAGCUCACUCAGACUUUGUUCUCUAUAAAGCUAGUAUGUUUUCUGCUGUUUAAUGGCUUUCCUUCACAUUCCUGUGAGAACGUCUGGAACAGCUAGAAAUGCUUCAGGACACAGCAAGGAUAUGAGACGCAGCAAACCCAGAGCAGCAGUAGCCCCCAGAACGGUGUGAGAAGAGCUUGAUCUGAGAACGGGACUACUCUGGUUCUUACAGCCUUACUUUCAAUCAUUAUACCUUCUCUCGAUAGACGUGUUGUUUUGUGCUUUUUUACAUGUUAAAGGGUUAAGUUGAGAUAAGCCAGAUAGCUCGAUUAUCUGGCUUGUUUGUAGCAUAUCAGGAUUUUUGUAUUUUGUUAAGGAAAUCUCUCCGUCAUCCAUACAGUAACCUCCUCCUUUUCCUGUCUUUGGUGUCUCUCAGCGAAACUGAAUCAUUCUCGGUUUGGUGAGCUUGUGCAGACAUAGACAGAUGCGUGUCUGUCCUAGCAGUGGUCAAGUAAUUACCUUGUAAUGGACAUUAUGUAAUGCAAUUAUCUGUGCCUGAGUUUCUUAAUGUGUGUGCAGCCCGUGUUUCUGAUUCUAAAGGGGCUAAUUAAAAAACAAUGAAUUUAAGAACUCUUCAGCCCAUUUACACACAUGCUCAUAUGUCAGUAACUAAAUGCUCUACAGCCUGGAGUUCUUCCUUGAUUCGGUUUCGUUGAAGCCUGAAAUCUGUUGGCCUCUAGUCAGAUAGACAGACCUGCUGGCCUUUUAUGUAGGCUCGCCUUUAAACAAUAGUAUUCAUAUCUCUCCCAGUACAGUACACUACUGGAAGAUUCUCCUGCACUGUUGAUGUUUCUGUCGCCCAUUUUGUGUAACAGUUUGCAAAGCCUACCUGGCCAUGAGGUGACAUAGACAAGCUCUUUUUUUUAAUGAAUGGAUGAAUACAUGAGUAAUAUAAUCAAUUGUGGCUGUGUGUAUAUGUGUGUGUUUCUUUUAUUUUUUACUUUGAAUAUGCAAAUACUUACAGGGUGUUUGGUUUGAGCAGGGAUGCACUAAUCUUCAGCUCUGUUUGUUUCUUCAUCCCCAGGAGGCUGAGACAGGAUUUGUCCCGAGUGUUCAAGACUUUGAUAAGAAGUUAGCCGAGGCUGACGCCUACCUACAGAUCCUGAUUGACCAGUUAAAGGUAGGGGUUAAUGUGGCAUCACCUCUUUGCUGUCUCACAUCAAGGGGUAAUAAAGCCAGUUUAGACAGGUAUCAAGUUUAUAUUUGACUGUAAUAAAACCAUUUAAAUGUUGUCAUAAAUACUGCAUGACUUGCAUGAGUUUUUGUCAUGACCUGUAGACAUGCCUGUUCUCUUCCUUACUGAUCCGCACACCUCUUUGAUUCAAAGCAGAAGUGAUUACAAUCAAGAUUUGUUGUUGUUGUAUGAUGAUAAAGCAGAAAACAAACUAUUUAAAGACGCAACGGCACACUCUCUCAGGCAGAAAAUGUCGAUGCACAUUUUCUCCUGGGGUGUGAAGAAGUGCCACAUCAUUAUCUCCCCUGAAAAGAUCCACCUGAACACACGUCAACUCCGCUCCUCUUUUUCAUGCCCUCUUUUCUCUCUCUCACAGCUGUUUGACGAGAAGAUCAAGGAGUGCAAAGAGGAUGAAUCACGCAGAGUGAGUACCAGCAGUGUGCUUGCUCUGUCCUUGUGCGUGACCGGCCAGCUGUUCUUACAGACAUUAGAGCUGAGGCUAACAAGGAGGAUGCAGGCUGACACAGAGCAGGGAACAAAUAUGAUACCUGUCUGUAUCGUGCAGAUUAGUGAGAUCUAUCUCCAUGCUCUUAUUUCAUAUGUUCAUUAAUAAUUUGUCUUUAACAUAGAGUGUGAGAAAGUGAGUUCCCCCUGUAUUUUGUUAUCAUAAAGCAUCAUGUUUCAAUGUGAAAGGGUGAACUCUGAUUGAUUAUUUGAUCAGCUGUGUAACUGAGGGACCACCUGACAGAUUUCUAAUCUUUGUUGAUAUAUGUGCUGAGAAUUUUAUCUGCCUUUUCAAAAACUUUCAGGAUCCGAAGAUACACCAUUUGCAGUCAUAUAAAUGUGAACAAACCUGUUAAAGUCACAUUAGACAUGCUGUUAAUAGAGGAAGUCUAACUGCAAAUAUUAACCAGAGUACAGAUUAGAUAUAUAGAUUUUAAUUGAUUUACACGAGAGCACUUCUUUAGUUUCUAAAGCUCAAACUAAACAGAACUAAUGAGACUGAGUUUUAGUUCCAAGUAAGUUGUUGAGCACACAGGUAAGUUUCAGGAUGUCUCAGUGUUUUACCAGCAGCUGUGUGAUUCACUUCCUCCCUCACAGUCAUGUUUCUGUUCGGUCCCUUUGACUUGUUUGUCCCUGAUUCCUGCAAUAUGGGAAACAGACUUGUAAAGAACAACACAGCUGUUGCAGCUGUUGUCACCUUGGUGUUUUCUACCAGCUGUUCUUUAUUUGCUCUUAAACCGGUUGCAUCAGCAUUUAAAGCUACUGAACUUUGAGUCUGUUUCCCUCGAGUUUGACACUCUGCUUUCUUCUUUUUUUUUCCCCAGAAAAUUGAAAAUUUGAAAGAGACUACAUGUGUAAGUUAAAAUUCCCCUCAUUUCCUUCUUCCUGUCUUUGAGGUUCGGGGUCAUUUCCUUGUAAAUAAAUCAAUUCUGUUUUUGUCUCCUUCUUGCAGAGCAUGGUAGAGUCCAUCAAGCAUUGUAUUGUACUGCUGCAAAUCGCCAAGGUAAACACAAUUCCAGCCUAUGUUUGAUUAACCUCACUGUAGCUGGGUCUGUCUCUCCACCAUAGCCACUGUGCUUGUGAGACCAUGUCUGUGUGCUCUGUGUGUUGGCCUGUGAAUGUCUCUGGGGUAGUUCCCUGCUUACAGUUGCUAUCUGGGUCGGUGGUUGAUGAGGGAGUUGCCCAGUACUCGUUUCAUCACAUGUUCCAAUCUGUAAAGGGAAGUGGAGCAAUCGUUUCUGCUUCAUGUGGUGGUUAGGUGAGAUGUGUUGUUGAAUUGAAAACUCAACACAAUCAGGAUACUGAUCCAGGAAACAUAAAAACUACUCAAAAGUAGUGCCGCCCUGUACUUCUUUGGUCAUGUGAUGAAAGGAUUACUGCAUUAGGAAAAGUUGGUGAACAUAUCAAAGCUCCAUGUGAUGAGAGGGGUGCGUCUUAUUGCUCUGUACACUGCAGAUUCUCAGGAUGCUUUUUUUGAAAUGAUUUUUCAGCCUUCCUAAAACAAAAAUAGUCUAACAUUGUCUUCUCGAAAUUUUAAGGACCAAAGUAACGAACAGCAACACGCAAACGGACUUAUAGUAAGUUUGAUGUUCUCCGUCCAUGACAAAAACAAAUUCAAAUCAAAUCAAACUGCUAACUUUUUCUUCUUGCUUAAUUCACUCUUCACUGUAGCGUAUCAGAUAAAUCAAAUCUGUGUAGUGCAUGCCCUCUUAUUUGGAAAUACUCUCUAUCAAGCUCUUUUCCUUAUUUCUGCACCACUUUCCUGAUUGAAUGAUCCCUGGUUUCACCUACGAUUUGAUUCAUUAUCAAAAGUUGGGUACUGUCUUCUCCAUCAGGCUAUAAAUGAUCAUUGACAACUUUAACAUACAUGUUUUUGUAGAGCUGCAACUAUUUUAUUGCCAUUUUAUUGGUUUGUAAAAAAAAAAAGAAAUGCAAAAAACUAAAAAAAAAUAUAUCAGCCAAUGUUUCCUAAAAGCUUGAAACUCCAUUUAGCCGAUACAGACACUGCUAUUUACACACUCUUUCUCUUCUGCAGCCUCCUUUACUGGCUACUUUUAUUGUAAAAGUCUGUUUUAUUUUUAGAAACAGACAAGCAUUUGAUCCUACUACAAACUAUAAAUUCGGCAAUGGGGGAAAAAAAGAUCCGUGGACUGUAGUGGGGCUUAACAUGCUCACAGGACUUUGACUAAAGGUCCAGAUGUUGGUGGUGAGAGUAAUAUGAGUAGCAUUAACAAGAAGCUUCUGUGCACGAGUGACGCUUCGCAGUUCAGGUGAGGCUUCAUCAGAGAAGUGAUGCUGGUCAAGCAUAGCACAGUGAGGCUCUGAGUACAUCAUUAGCCUGUGGUGGCCUGCAUCUUCCACCUUAUUGAAAGCAAUAAGCAAUGAACUUAGUGGUUUUUCCUCCCAGCGUCUUUACAGCUGUGGGUGGUCACGCUGUAUUUCUCAGCCUAUUUAAAAAUGACAGUAUGGUCCCUAGAUGCACUUUAGAAUUAGUUGUGUUUGAGGAAUUAGUUUUUUGUUUUUUUUUGCUCUUCCUCACAUCACAAGCAUAUUAAACAGCUGUUGUGCUGUCUUUUGGGGACACUCGUAUAGCAGACAGGUUGAAGCUUGUUCUUUUGCCAAAAAAGGUCCUGUCAUGUGUGUGAAAACAGUUUGUCACAUAAUCGGCCUAUGAUGGAAAAAUUAGCUUUUUAAGCUUUGAUCCGCCUAUGCAAUUAAUUCACUGGUAAUAUAUCGCAUCCCUGUAAAAUGUUUGAUUUCUCUGCAGCAGUAAACUGUCGGACUAGUAUAAAAAACUGAAAAUAUUGACAUUUUCUUUAUCAGAGAAAUGUGUCUUUAAACUGUUCAUCUAUCAAUCAAUUUUGGACAAUAAACUGUUGCAGCAUUACAUUCAUGUAAAAGAUGUGUGUGAAUGUUGAGUAUGCUUUCGUUUGCAUGCCUGAGUCUGAAAAACUGUUUCACUUCACUUCAAUAAUUUUGAAUCAACUAAUUCACCAUUGAUUUAUCUUGGACACACACUGCCUGCUCAUUGAACCAUACAAUACAAAUAGCUGAAAAAGCCUCCUAGAGAGCACUUGAUGUGUUUCUGCAAGUCUCUGUCUUUAUGUUAAGAACUACACCAGGAGUUUUGCAUGUUUCAUCCACAAAUGAAGCAUAAUUUCAUCACUCACAAAUAUUUUCUAAAGCUUUACUAAAAGUUUUUAAAUUUAUAUAUUUUUACCACCAACAUCCUUUUGAUACAUAAAUGAUCACAUCGAUUUUGUUAUGCAGUUGAUGAAAAAUGCUGUAAAAUACUGGGCAGAAUAAGGAUUCUGAUAAAGGACAUUUCUCAGUUGAAGGUUUUUCUGUAUAUUGUAAGAAAGUUUUCAAAGAAGUUUGCGUUAAUGCCAAAGUUGCGCAAAAGGUUAAGAAGGAGGUGGAGUAGAAAAAAAAGAGGAAAAAGAUCAAUGGGUGCUACAGAAACAUGGUUCAAACAAAAUAUUCACUUGAAGACCCACAAAGAUCUGAACCACAUGUGUAAAUCAAAUGUCAAAAUAUAGAUAUACAAAUUAGAACUUUUUGUCUGACUAGGAUUUUUUUACAGCGGAAAAGCAAAUGUUUCGUAGAUAGUAGACAAACACAUAGAAGACCUUUGGUGUGAUGUUUAAGACCAGUCAUGUAUGGUCCGUACUACUCAUAGGUCUCUGCUGCUCUUAUAGCUCCUUUAAUCUCACCAUCAUUAAGUACUGCAUCAUGUGGUAUAAAUAGCACAGCAUAAGCUCUUUCUCAACAUCCAGCAGCACAUGUUUCUUGAUGCAACAAGCUUUGUGCCAAAGAUGUAAGUGCAGCUUUAGAACAUGUAUGUACGUCUGUUACGCCGUCCAUAUGUCUGUAAUGUGACGCAAAUGAUAGAUGUGCUGCAGACCUGCGUGGAGAGCAUUAUGUGUGCUUGAACUUGUCAUGCGGCGUGGCACUAGAGGAUCUCUGAUGAGUGCAGAGAUCACUGAAUCUGAGCCUUUUAAAUAUCAUCCUGGUGGGCAAUGGCUGCUCUAAGUAUGUUCUGCAUUAAGAGCUCUUUACUGCAUUAAUAUUGCAGUUUGAAAAAUGUAUAUGCUGAUGAUGACGUAACACUUGAAGCUGUUUUUAGCUGUCACUUCUCCCUUGACGACUUCAGGCUUCAGCUUUUGUUUGCAAGGCUACCGUCUGAUCCCACAAUGACAGGCCACUAUUUCUGUAAUAAGUAGCCCUCCCUCGUCUUACUUUCAUUAGAAGCACGCAUUUGAGAAAGCAUUAGGCCGUAUAGAGAGGAAGGAUUCAAGGCAAGAAGAUAAGAGAGGUGUGUGUAUAGGAGGGCAUGUUUAGCAGGAAUGACCAAGCUCCUCAGCAUGAUAUUUUCUACCUCUGAUCAUGACUGGACUUUUGGUGGUGGUGGUGAACAGUUAUCGUUGCUCUUAUGGUUGUUCUUAACAAAGUGAGAGUUACAGUUUGAAGAAAACCGUCCCACUCUGACCAAAGACAGUGGCUCUUCCUGUUAACAAUUUUUUUUAGAUGAAGCAUGCUCAGUGUUGCAUCCUGAAUUGUGCAGAUCUGUGGUCAAAAUGUGUCCAUCUCUCUCAAAGUCCUGUAUUUUAGCCCAUGCAAAUGUAUAUGUAGUCAUGUUCUGACUCAUCGUGACUGUUCCGGUUAAUAUGAAGUAAGUUCAUCAUAACUUGGUGAGAGAGAAAAGAUCACAGACUGCAGGUCAAGUUUGAGUAAUUAUGAAAGCAAAGUCGUAUCAUAAUAAAGAUGAAAAUAGAUUAACAGAAAUGCAUUAGCAUUUUCAGAAUGUACCUGCACUUCUUGACUCAUAAAUAAGAUUAAAAAUAAAACAAUCCAAACCGCAAUUGCUUUUUCUUUUUCAAAACUGAUCAUUCUGUAACUUCAAAUGUAAAAGAAAAAGCCAUUUGUGAUUUAAUUUUCAAAAUAUGACCCAGUAAAUAUGUACCAAAACUCAAAUUAAAAUGUCAAAUCUGGAAAUUCAAACGCAAUAAUACAAACUGCAUUUUCAUUUUAUUACUUGAGCUGCACAUUUCAUAACACAAUUCAAAAGAAAAACCAAACAGGCAACUGAUUUUUCAGUUUCAUGUCCGAACUGCGGAUAGCGACAGGCGAGCACGCUAAUGCUCGCCGAUGCUGAAGCACAGUAUCAAAAGCAUCGCCCCUUGAUACUGUGAAAAGUCAGAGAACUAUAAUUUUGACCGGGUGGCGGCGCUCUCUGUUGCCCGAAAGGUCUCACCGUGCUGGGCAGGAGUUUCGGCAAAUGCUUCGGUGUUAGCUCUGGAGCCUCCUGCUAGCUAGCCUGUCACAUAGUUUAAAUAAAGUUUUUAAGUUGAAGUAAACUUGCACUUGCGCAGUUCGGAUAGUGACAGGCGGACAUGGAAAUGAAAAAGCAACUGCCCGUUUGGUUUCCCUUUUGAAUUGCGUCACGAAAAGUGCAGCUCAAAUAAGAAAAUGAAAAUGCAGUUUGUAUUUUUCAUUUUUCAUUUUAUUUCUCAGUCAAAUUAUGCAGUUUUGACUUCGUAACGGAAAAAAAGCCAUACUGCAAAAUCAUUUGAGUUUUCAGAUUUGACAUUUCAAACUGAGUUUUGUUACAAAUUUGCUGGGGCAUAUGUUGAAAAUUAAAUCUCAAAUAGCUUUUUCGUUUACAUUUUAAGUUACAGAAUGAUCAGUUAUGAAAAGGAAAAAGCAAUGGCAGUUUGCAUUAUUUAAAAAAAUAUAUAUUUAUGAGUCAAGAAGUGCAGGUACAUUCUAAAAAUGCAAAUGCAUUUCUAUUAAUCUAUUUUCAUUUGAAUUAUGAUGCAAAUUUGCAUCCAUAGAGUAAUAGGUUACACAUAACAUCGACUGGUUCUCAUGUCAGAGCAGCUAAGAUCCCUGAGGGUAAGUUGUUGUGGAGUAAUGGUCGAUAUGGUUUAGCUCUAGCUCUAGUUGUUUGUGGUGCGCUUGUCUUUUGAUUCAGUGGUGCCGGUGAACCCAUUCCUUUAAGCUAUCGUUUUAGUUUUUAUUUGAAUGUGUUGUGAGUAAUGUUCAGGCAGCUGUGACUGCAGACAAGACAGUCCCCGCAGGUUUUUACUUCAGGGAAAUCAAGAGGCAGAGAGUUAAAACAUGUUACAGGUUGAGUCUGCAGCUGAGUGGAGCUGAUUAAUUCCCUUUUCCAGUGGUCGGUUUCUCAGAGUUCAAGAGGCGCUGUUACUUUUUUGCAUAAGGCUUCUGCUGGUGUUGUUGGUUUCAUAUUGAUCUGACGAGGAUGAAACCUGGAAACUGCGCUCUUUAGACUCUCUCUCCAGGAAAUGGGAUGGGGGGAAUUGAUCUGCUCAGUGUGGGGAGCGCAUAUUUGAUUUCGCUCCUCUUGCUGUUGAGUUGGUCAAUCCUCAAACUGAUCUGAAACGGGUUCACAAGCUGCGAAACUGUUUCCCAGUUGAGGGUGAGAACAAACCUGACAUCUGGUUUGAGGGUGAAGGGAAACAAUGUGUCAGUGUGGUUGGUAGGUUGGCAUAUCUAAUUUUACAUGUGGUUUUUUAGAGCCUGUUUUUUUUUUUUUUUUUUUUAAAGUCUACUGGCUGUACAUUGUUAAAUUCACCUCUGCAAUUGUACUCUUUCCAUUUCCCUGUAAAUACCCCUUAAGAUUAGCAAAGCAGGCAGUGUUGUGGGUGUGCUAUUGUUGCUUCAAUUGUUGUCGCUUUAAGAGAGCUGUUUUUGUCGUUGACAGCGAUGUUGUUUUGAUUUGUUUCCCCCAGAGCACCAUUAACCCUGUGGAUGGGAUCUACCAGCCCCCUCUGGACACUCCCGUAGACAACACCACGAUGCCAACACAGACCACACUACCCACAGGUUCUACACGCCUAACCUUUUUGCUGUUGAUUCGACUCUUAAAACCAUGGAUCUGUGCGCUUCAUUUGUCAACAUCUCUACUGACAUUUGCAGCGGCAUCAUUUAGAUAGGUUGACAACAGCACCCCCUGUUGUCCAUACCCGUUUGAAAUAAUAUGUGCGAUCUGCCAUGACAGUCACAUGUUUGUAAGAGUUAUAGAUCUCACAAAUAAGUUAUUGAUGUUGUUUAAACGCAGAUUCCUGUUUUUCUGUGUACAUAAGCUGUAAGGUGAUUUUAGUCGGCUGAUGUUAGACUACAUUUGAUGUCAUUACUCAGAUCUGACUGUAUUUUUGAGCUAUUUCUGUCUGAAGACUGUGACUAGACAGUUAAAAAUGCUGCAGAAAUGAACCAUGCAAAGUAGGCCAGUCUAAUUUCAGUCACUUAAUAGACUGUGUAAUCCCCUCCACAGAUGACGCCUCUGUCUGCAGCCUUUCAGAACAUUUCCCAGCACUCUGAAUUGAAUUGAUGCUGCUGCAGGAGUUGAUUGUGUGUUGGCUUUGUCUUGAAGCUUUUGUGUUGACACGUGAUUUUUUUUUUCUCUCUUUUCUUCUAAAGACACUUCUCAGGUGUGUAAAUCAGACCAACGGCCCUCCACGCUACCUGUUGGCCCCGUUGUCACAGUGAUGGGCAGUCUUCAGACUCCAACUCCCAACAGCACAGGUAAUAGGUCACUCAACUUCUCCAGCUGAUGACUGUCAUCUUUACAGCUCUAAGGAUCCAUUUUUAGUUGUCAUAGAAAGUCAUGCAUAUUGCACAUAUCUUAAGGGAUAUAUUUUAGGCUUUUUCUUGCACUCCAAAUUGAAGCUUAUCUUUCAGGAACUCCACCCCAGGAGCAAAAUUAAUGGGUGUUAUAAAUUAUUAGGACGCUUUUCCACACUGUGCAGUGCUUCCAGGAACACAAAGUAAAUAAAAAGCAAGUGAAGGCAGAGCGGUACAUGCCUGUUUGUCUUCUGAGCUGAGGCAGCAGUAUGGAAAUGCUGCGCUGUGCACUAAAAUGAAACUCCUGCAUGCUUGAGUGUGCUGUCAAUAUUCUCUGCAGAGGAAGCCAUCCUAUGUUACUGACAGAUUGAUGGUACAUUACGCAACCUGCUAGACUGCACUCAGAUAUGAGCGCAUUAGUUGAGCAUUUUUGAUGUUGAUUUGACCAGAUAUCCUCUUCUAUAUAAGUGAUGAAGAAGACUUGAUAGAUUGAUCAAAUCUGAAAGGAUGUCACUGCAAGGGGGAACUUAAAUUACACUUUUUUUUUUAUCUGUCUAUCAGGGGGUGGCCCAUCUGGCCCCAGCAGCGGUGUUGCCUCGCCGGCUCACAUGCCCCUCCCCUCGCACUCAGUGCCAGACUUCUCCUAUUCUUCCAGCGAGGAUGAGUUCUACGAUGCUGAUGAGUUCUACCAGAGCAGCACUUCUCCCAAACACUGCAUAGAGUGAGUAAAGAAACACCCCGCCCUCCUGCAACCAACAUUGCACACAGAAACUCAUGCUUUAUAGCUUGAAAGCAGCAGCACAGUAAUAAUAGAAUUUAGCCGGUCAGAUGGGAAAUUUCUGCUCAGAGCAAAUAUAAAUCAAGCUGCCAGUUCAGAAAGGCUUGCAGUAAAAUUGCUUCUGCAACCUUUUUCAUUUUUUAUCCCUUUAUCUCUCCUGCUUCCUGUCUCCCCCUCUCUCUAUCUGCCCACAGUCCCUCGGGGGCGCCAGCUGCCUCACCCCUCACUAAUGAAGGAACAGCGUUGAAACGACCAGACACCACAGAGUCCCUUAACUCGUCCAUGUCCAACGGCACCACAGAUGCAGGUAAAAGGGAGACCACUCCAGAUUUACGCCGCUGUUUUCAUCUGGCUGUUUAUACCUUCAGCUGCUUCAUUUCUCCUGUAAUAUUACACCCUCCCCGCAGUAUCAAUGACAUAUGAUUUUAUUAAAGGUGGGGUAGGCAGGAUCUGAGGAAGUGCCAGUUUUGGGGAGAAAUCUUGAAUGUAAACACCACCCAUACCAAACAGUUUUCCCCUCAGCUCCUCCUCUCCCCUCCCUCUCUGCUCCAGCAAGCCCCGCCCACAAACAGACGCUCCUGCUCGCUCGUAUCGUUCCAAUUAAAUUCAGAUAUAAUGCAGAUAAAUACUUAAGAUAAUUACAAAUGGGGCCCAGUCAACAUGAAAGUAAAAAGCAUUGGUUCUACUGUAGAUGCCAACAGACUACCAGCAAACACGAUGUUUGCAGGACUUCUACAACUAGGAUAAAGUGACAUAGUCCAGGACCCGAGGCUAACAGUUUAGCGGCGCUACAACACGCAGCAGGUCCUGUUUGACACGAAACACUUCUGUUAAAGACACUUCGCUUACUUUGUUAAAGCGGUUUACCUGUCCAGCAGAAAGGUUACAGGGUCCAUAAGAUCCCGAAGCGUCCCCCAUCAAUGUUGACCCGGCUUCUUAGCUCUUGUCUGGUCUACCUCCUUUUUAAGCGCCCGUUAUUCCACCAGAGUCUCCGGUAUUUACUUUGUUUUCUUGCUUGUGUUGGCAGUCAUGGCUAAAGGAGGAAUCAGACAAUUUUCUGUACUUUCUGGUUGGUUUCUACUGUCUGAUGUUGUAGCACGCUAACUUUGUUUGGGCUCCUGAAUGACACAGGGGAGCAGCGUCCGCCUCACAACCAAUCAGGUUGGGGGAGGCGGGGAAUGGAUUUGUUUACAGUCAGAAAGAGCGGAGCGCUCUGAAAUUUUGAAAUGUUGGCUGCACAAACAUAACAAAACACAGAGAUAUCGUUAUAUUACCAUAUGUCAUCAAUAACUAAUGGAUAUUGACUGUUAUUAAAAGCUUUUUUGUAUAAACACCACAAAAAAGAUGCUUCUUUAGCGGAUUCCUGCCUACCCCACCUUUAAGUGGUUCAAAAUAAGUCUUAUUUGAAACAUGAAUAUAAAGAAAUGCGAAACCUGUCCUCUGUGUUGGCCCUCAGAUCCAUUUGACAGUCAUGAAGACCGCGACGAUGAUGGUGAUGGCGAGUCUGUGGAGGAGCACAAGAGCGUCAUCAUGCAUCUUCUCUCUCAAGUUCGGUUGGGCAUGGACCUCACAAAGGUAAAGACCUCCAACCAGUAUAAUGAACCAGACUCUCUUCAUGCUAGACUUCAGUGCGAGUAUCUUUCUUUGUUCUGUCUGAAAAUCUCUCUGCACUGUGGUCCUUUUUUUUCCCUCUAACUCUGUGCGAGCUGUUUCUCUUGAACAGCCCACACAGAUCCAGUUUUACAGUUUUUCCUCUUCAUUAUAUUUCACAGGUGGUCCUGCCUACCUUCAUCCUCGAAAGGAGGUCUUUGUUAGAAAUGUAUGCAGACUUCUUUGCACACCCUGACUUAUUUGUAAGGUAAUGGUCCUCUCUCUCUCUCUCUCUCUCUCAUCAGUGUUUCACAAAGAUAUCAAAAAGCAUCUGAUGCUGAGUAAAAAACAAAAAAAAUGUGUUUAUGUUGCUUUCACCAGUAUCGCUGAGCAGCUGGAGCCCAGGGAGCGCAUGGUUUAUGUGGUGAAGUGGUACCUGUCAGCUUUCCAUGCAGGGAGGAAAGGUUCAGUGGCCAAGAAACCUUACAACCCUAUACUGGGCGAAGUUUUCUACUGCCACUGGGAUCUGCCCAGUGAAACAGAGGAAUCUAUCCCCAACACAGUGAGACCACAUGAUUCUUUGACAAGUGUAGACACAUUUGCGAACACUUAACUGAGCAAAGCAUCUUUAUUUUGUGUUAGGCAGACCUAACCUGUUCUUACGGACCAGUUUUUGUAGUGAAAAGAUAAAAUGAUCACACGUAUUAUAGAGUUUUAAAUGUUGUAUAUCCAGGAACACUUCCUUUUUAAUUCCUCUUUUCCUCUACCUUUCAGGAGACGGUUUCAGACGGUCCUGUUCCCUGGUCUUCAGCCAACAGUGUGCGUUUUGUGGCAGAGCAGGUCUCUCACCACCCACCCAGUGAGUGUCAAUUCUUUAACUGUAUUCACAACACUGUGAAAGCUGUUUGACACACAGGGUUAGUAAGACCAACACAUUUGAAGAAAAUACAGUCUGAUGCUAACAUGUCGAGUUAGCGUAUGUAAAACCCCAAAAGGUUAAUUUUUUAUACACUAGCUCAUUAACUAUUUGCUGUAUUUCUUAGGGCAUUUACGUGAACGUUGCCACUUUUCUACAAACCCUCAAAUGCUUCUCUCUUUUUCUCCUCCAGUUUCUGCAUUCUACGCAGAGUGUUUAAAUAAGAAGAUCCAGUUCAACGCUCACAUCUGGACCAAGUCGAAGUUCUUAGGGAUGUCCAUAGGUGUCCACAACAUCGGCCAAGGUGCAGCAAAGUACUGCUUUGUAUGCUUUAAAAGUAUAAUCAGACUUUUGGAUGAUAACUUCAUGAUCGUUCUUCACUGGUCUCCUUCCAGGUUGUGUGUCAUGUUUGGAGCACGAUGAGCAUUACAUCCUUACUUUCCCCAAUGGAUACGGAAGGUGUGUUUUGUUGUUUUUCAUGCUUCUGAUUGUCACAUUCACCUCCAGUCUUAAACAUGUGCUUCACUGACCUGAGUCUGUGUGUGCAGGUCGAUUCUGACAGUGCCCUGGGUGGAACUGGGUGGGGAGUGCAACAUCUCCUGCUCUAAGUCUGGCUACAGUGCCAACAUUGUGUUUCACACCAAACCUUUCUACGGAGGGAAGAAGCACAGGAUCACUGCUGAGAUUUUGUAAGAGAAAAAUUAUUGACAGAUUUAAUUUUUACAGUAAAAAAAAAAGAUUAAUAAUUUGAUAAUGCUGACUUUCUGAUGAGAUCUCUUCGUUUUUGUUUUUUUUUCAGUGCACCCAAUGACAAGAAGUCUUUCUGCUCCAUUGAGGGGGAAUGGAAUGGAGUGAUGUACGCUAAGUGGGCAACAGGAGUGAGUCCUUUUCUUUUCUGCUCUUUUUUUCUUUGUGAAAUUUGAAGGGAGCAGGAGUAUCAAAAGAGACAAUAGUUACUUUUGAAAAAUGAUAGUUUGCAAUAAAAAAAAGAGACUGGAAAUUUAUCAUACAGCUUUUCUAUCCAAAACUGUUUCAGUAACUCGAUUUGAAUAUUUGAUAAUACCAAAUUCUUCCUGAGCAUUAAUGGAAUUAAAAACAGACAUAUAAAUUUUACUAAAGCUUGUGUACAUUGAUGUGAAAUGAUGCAAUUAUCUAAACUUAGUCGUACUUAUCCAAACGUAGUUUUCUUUCACAUAAAGGAUUCAAAUUAAUUUAUUUUUUUGUUUUGUUAUCUGUGAUGUUAAAAAAGUUUUCUCCACCAAUGCAAUGGAGUUGUUUGCUAAAGUUGCAUCAUUUCUAUCUUUAAAAAAUGGUAGACCAUAAUUCAUGUUUGGCUGUAUUGGAGGAAUUUCAGGGAAGAAUAUCAAAGUAAUUCAAAACAAAAUGAGUAAAUAAGACCGUUUAUUGCUUAAUGACAGACUUUUAAAUUAAAGAAAAGUCAUGUAUGUAUGCAUGAAUGACUGUGUUUUGUUUGUGUUUUCAGGAGAACACAACUUUCAUAGACACUAAGAGGAUGGGCAUCAUCAAGAAGAAAGUGAGAAAGCUGGAAGACCAGCUUGAUUAUGAGUCACGAAGGUGAGAGCGAAAAAAAAUGCUGUAAGCAAGGAUCUAAAGCCCUGUGUUAGAAAUGAUCCCUGUCUCCAUGUGUUUGACUUUUACCACUAUCAUUCAUCAGACUGUGGAGAGAUGUAACGUUGAACCUGAAGCUGAAAGACAUCGAUGCAGCGACAGACGCAAAACACCGACUGGAGGAGAAACAACGAGCCGAAGCCAGAGAAAGAAAGGAGAACGAGCAGCAGUGGGAGACUAGGGUGAGACUUAAAAUUCUAAGAAUUUUAGCUGAUCUUAAGUGUCGUAGUUGUCAAAUAACUUGCAGUGUAAAAUUGCAAUUAUCAGUCCUAAAAGUAAUCAUUAUUAUUUGUUUGUUUGUUUGUGCAGCUAUUCCACGAGGACGGAGAGUGCUGGGUCUAUGAUGAGCCUCUAUUAAAGAGAUUAGCCUCUCAGAGGCACUGAGAAGACUAAGCACACACUGAUACAUAUGCAGAAAGAAAUGCACACACAACAGAGUCUUAAUAAGAACUCUUUUGCAAAAACCACUUCUUUUCCAAGCCUUUUCUUUUCCAAGCCUUGGAAUGACUGAUGAUUGAAUAUGUAUGUAAACAGCUUUGCAUUUGACUGUAACAUAAUACAGAAAUGAAUGAAAUCAAAUGGAAAAGCAUCCAAGAUGUAUCGUGAAAUUAGUAAAGCUCCCCUUCUGAUUUGGGCAAUGUUGCUUCCACCGCCACUGAUAACCCACCACCUGCCAACAUGAGACUCAGCAGCACAGAGUGGAGACGAGAGGGUCACGUCUCAUCUCACAACCACACCCUCCAUCAGCUCCACGGGACGAGCUCGAGCAGCACUUGUUUCCCUACAUUUACGCUUUACGGAGGGGGAGGGGCAAGGUGUGUGUGGUUGAAAAAGUUCCGAUCAAACAAACCUUGACGAAUAAAAAACCACGCUCUACAUCUCAGGGAAUCCGGUGUCUGAGGAAAGAAAGCUGCUGCCCCCUCUGAGAGUCUGACAGCCUUAUAACGGUGGGAUGGAUGAGUCUUAAAGAGGCGGGGAAGAAACUCUCCGCUUGCCUGCAACUAGUUGUAACUGUUGUUUAUAUAUAGAUAUACAUAUGAUGGAUAUAUAAAAAUAUAUUCUUUUUUAUUUUCAAUGCUUUUUGUUUAUUUUUCAUUCUUGCAAUAGUGUAACAUAUUUGAGAAUAUGAACAAUGGCUUUACAUCUUUAGGAAUCAUUCCAUUUAAAGUUAAUUUUGACAUCUUUUUUUCUUUUUUUUUUUUUUGUCUUUUACACUUUUUCUGUGUUUCAAGUGUUAAUCAGAGGCCAAGCCCCACAUAAGCCAUAGCAUCUGAACACACUGAUUGGGAGAGUGCUGAUAGAGUUGUGGAAUAUAUGCAAUAUAUAGAUCAUCAAAGGACAAACUCACAUGUCCAUUAUGCCAAAAAGGUUUAGAUAAAAGGCUAAGGGGACUUUUAUUUGGGCGGAGAACAAACAAUCCUCUGGAAAUGUUUCCAUGUUACCUGAAGGCAUUUAUGAACAAAUGAUUGUUUACAUAUUUCUGGAUUGCUGGUCCUUGAUGAGGACAUCAGGUUGGAGUCGAGACUGUAAAGACAUCACCUGGCCUUGUAUCCUCUCCGAACCCUCAGACGAGUUGAAGUCUCACUCUUGAGAUGUUGGAGGAUGAGGAGCAAGAAUACAAGCAACCAGUGUAGACUUUUGAAACGCCACUGCUGUUUCAGAGUGCUGCCAGACUCCAGCCUGUGUCCCUCCAAUUCAGUUUUCUUGUAGACUUCUUUUUUUUUUUUUUUGUCCAAUUCUUUUAAGAUAAAGGGUUAAAGGCAAUAUUUAUCUUCCCACAUACCACUGCUUUUUGAACCACCAUUCAUUCUCUUAUUUACAGCUACAUAGGUUGGAACUACAUACAAUGAUAUUUGGAUGAAAUGCAGAAAUAAACUAUUUUCACCUGAAAU